CACGAAUAUGCAUUUAAAAUUCCAGAAAAGAAACCUAUAUAAAGAACCCAUUUAUAUUCUUGAACUUUGCUACUUUCCUUCUGCAGUUUUAGAAGUGUCAAAACAUAAAUCAUUAUGGUGGCACCGAUUACUGCUGCUUCAGCGUGUGCAUUUCACACUGUUAAAUUACCAUCACAAAACUAUAGUACAAAAGAGGGCAUCAAACGUGGCACUAAUAACCUAGGACAAGGACAUGGACUUGGAGUGAAGCGUGCUUCUUGUGGUGGCUUACAAAUUAAGGCAAAUGCCCGAAAUUAUAAUGAUGAUGCUAAGAUUUCCAGAGUUGCUACCAUAUCUUCUAUUCGUCAAAAUUUUACCAUCAGAUCAUAUGAAGUUGAUGCUAACGGAGUGGCAUCUAUUGAGACUUUGAUGAACUAUUUUCAGAGCUCUAUGAUUGAUCACUGUAAGACACUUGGGAUCCACAAUAAUAAUUUAAAUGGUUCUACGAACGAAAUGAUCAAAAGGAACUUGGUAUGGGUAUAUACUGAAAUGCAGCUUUCGACUUAUCGUUAUCCUAAAUGGGAUGAUGUAGUUGAAGUGGAAACUUGGUUAUCUACAGAAGGAAAGAAUGCUUUGCGCUUAAAUUGGAGUGUGCAAGAUUUCAAAACAAAUCAAAUGUUGAAUAGAGCCUCAAGUGUUUGUGUCUUGAUGAACAAAUUGACAAGAAGAUUAUCCAAAAUGCCGGAAGAAGUCAGAAGGGAAUAUGAACCCCAUAUUGUAAAUUCCAGAAUUAUUAUAGAAGGUGAAGACAAAAAAAUACCUAAAGUUGAUGACACUACAGCAGAUUAUAUUUGUACUGGUUUAACGCCAAAAUGGAGUGAUUUAGAUAUACAUUUUCAUGUCAAUAACGCGAAGUAUAUUAGUUGGAUCUUAGAGAAUAUUCCACAAUCAAUCUUGAUGAAUUAUGAGUUAUCUGCCAUGAGUUUGAAAUUCAAGAGGGAGUGUAAAAUAGACAGCAAGUUACAGUCGCUAACUGAAGUUUGUAGUGACGAUAAUAAUAGUAAUAAUAACGUUGAGUACAAUCAUAUGGUUCGAUCUGAAGAUGGUGUUGAGAUUUUGAGGGGAAGGACUGAGUGGAGACCCAAACCUACUAAUAGCUUUGACAAUUUUAAUCAUGUUCCAGAAGCUUUCAUUAAAGACUUCUAAUUGAGACCUGGGAGUUGCAUUAGUCUCUAUUUAUUUUUUUGUGUGUG